AUUCAAUAGUUGGCCAGUAAGUAUUCCGAGCAACAGUUGCUUAUUUCGGAAUGGGAUCGCCGCGCCACGGUUGGCCUUGUGGCGUUUGAGUUCGAACCUGAAUUUACUUACCUCGCAAGUAUUACUUACUCGUGUGCAUCCGCUGUGGCCUGCAAGGCGAGAGAAAACCUAGCUGCAUCGACAUGCCACAGGGAAACCUCGAUCUAGGCACCUUGCUCGGCAAGGUCCCUGAGAAUCAGCCCAACAGGGACCGUGAGCUCCUGGCUCUGUACACGCAUCGAUUGGACUAUCUGCCGUUGAUUGCUGGAACUGUGAAGAUGCCUCGCGGGCGAACUCAUUCCAGGCUAGUCAUGUAAUCGUAUGGCUGGUCGAUCAAGUAUGCUGGGACGUGCCUGGAGCUGGUUGGUGCCCUGCACGAUGCUCUAGUUGGACAUCGAGCCGCCUUUGAGAACGGAGUGGCACAUCACGAUCUGAG